GCGUCUCCACUAUUUUAACAACAAGCCAAUCAAAGUAAAUCUAAUGGAACGUCAGAAACAAUAGCCAAUCACGGGGUCUUAAAGUACAGCAAGGCGUUGAUAUAGCUGAAAAUUCCCGCGAAACUCCAGCGUCUUUCUCGUUUGGUACAGUAGUGGAAGCUGUAAUUAAUAUUAGUUUACAGUUAUUUAGAGCAAAGUUUUCAACACAGUCAACAAACAUGGAGCAAGAAAUGAUCAGAAGAUUGGCAUCUAAAUUGGGAAUAACUGUUGUUAAAAUAAUCUCGAAAGCAGAAGAGUACCUCCGGCUGUCGCAGGUGAAAUGCACAGGGCUGUCCGCACAUACAACGGCAACCAGCAAUGCGAUCAUGUGCCUGGACCUGGCAGCUGCAUCAAUGAAACACCCAGUAGACAAAGAGUAUGUGGUGAAACUGUCUGGGUUAAAUAAGAUGAUAUACCAGAGCCAUUUGAAAUCCCUGGAGUGCAUGCUGGGUUUGGAGUCCCAAAUGGGGAUGCGAGACUUGGCUGUUCAGCAUGGCUGCACAGAGGCAGUGAAUACAGCAGUGAAGAUACUACACAGAUAUGAAUCCAGUUUACCUGAAGCACAGCAGAGUGGAUUGGAUUUAUCGAAGCUGCUCUUUACCACUGCAGCAUUGUUCACAGCAUGCAAGUGUAUGAAAAUCAAAGUUGAUAAGACGAAAUUGACAGCCACCUCUGGUGCUAAGAAGGGCAUCUUUGAUCGACUCUGCACUCAACUAGAGAAAUUUGGACAGCAAAUUUGCAGUGAAUCUGCAGAGCCAAUCAUAUCAGUAAAAACAACCAGCAAGAGGCAAAAGACAUUGCUUGAGUGCAUAGAGAACAAAGAAGAAGAGACAGCAACCGAGCCUAAACAGCAAAAGUCUGAAGAAUCUGUCAAGCAAGACUAUGAAGAAUGGAAGAGAAAAAUCCUGGAAAAUGCAGCCAAAGCCAAGAAAGUGGAUACCUGCUGAGAUUAUCCUAUCUGAUUGACCUAAGUCACAAUUUCUUUCACUUUUUACAAGUGCCCACUGUUAUGAUGUUUUAAACCAGUAAGUUUUUAUUUUGUGUCCAGAUUAGUUAAGGGUGUUGCAAAUCAGACUUCGUUGACUCUGAAGUACAGAUAGAUAACGCUACAGAACACUGAGUGUACAAAUUUGAUCAAAUCUGAGAUGGAAGACAGUUGUUUUCAGGUGCACUUGAUGCAUCAUCUAGUUAGAUAUUUUAUGUACUUCAGUUGAAUCGGUCAUUCUGCAACAGGUGGCUGUGCUAUACAGUCAGUGGAGAUGUUUGUUUAUUAAAUGUACAGCAUCACUAUUGUGCUUUUAUUAAUACAUUUAUGUUGUUCAUUUGCUGUAUACACAGAUGUUCGGAUAGAUAUAGAUUGAUUGACUGCUGUCUUAAUACUUGUGUUCUCAUGUAUACAUCUUUAUUUACUAUCCCUUGAGGGAUGCCUCUUGUGGUGUUUUUAUUGCAUAAAACAUUUUAAUAAAAUAGAAGUCUUGUUUUCGUUGGGUUAUUUGUUUGUUUUUUUUAACUAGUAUUACUCUGAGGCAUUACACAUUUCACAGGGACUAUAUAAUGGUCCAGAUCCUGUUUUAAAUGUGAGAGGACAGAUACAAAGCAUUGUUCCAGACAUACAAAGGUUAAUUGUCUGUAAUGUAGGUAGUCAUGACACUUCUGUCUAAAAUUAUUGCAUAUUAUUUACGAAUGUUGAAACAUACUGACAGAAUCAAAGCGGCAAUAUGUCAGUGUGAAAAUAAUUAUUUCGUUACCAUGGGAAUUGCACAGAUCAUUACACUUGUUGUUUUUAAAAGAGCAUGGCACAUAUUGAGAACAAUUCUUCACAAUUUAUUUUUUUAACAUUGUACAGUAGUUUGUAGUGAUCAGCACAAGUACAUACAUGCAUGCAUGCACACCAAUGACUGUUGCCUUCACAGAAGGGAAGUGGAACUGUGUAUAUGAGUACACUGGCCAACUGUGACAUUCAGUUGUGAUAGCCAAUUAGGACUUAAAUGCCCCUCUAUAUACUUUUUCAAAAGAACACCACACCUUUUUAUAUGGCUGUCCUUUGGUUUCUUUGUCAAAAAGUAUUGUACAUAUUUGCAUAUAUAAAAAAAAAAAAUAUAUAUAUAUAUAUAUAUAUAUAUAUAUAUAUAUAUA